GAGUCCUUUUGUUCUGAGGGUGGGGCCGGGCGGGGCCCGAGCCGCAGCCAAGAUGUCCUACGUGCCCGGGCAGCCGGUCACCGCUGUGGUGCAAAGAGUUGAAAUUCAUAAAUUGCGCCAAGGUGAAAAUCUGAUUCUUGGAUUCAGCAUCGGAGGGGGCAUCGACCAGGACCCAGCCCAGAACCCCUUCUCUGAAGAUAAAACGGACAAGGGCAUUUAUGUCACCAGAGUGUCAGAAGGGGGCCCUGCAGAGGUGGCUGGCCUCCAGAUUGGAGACAAGAUAAUGCAGGUGAAUGGCUGGGAUAUGACCAUGGUGACCCAUGACCAAGCCAGGAAGAGACUCACCAAGAGGAACGAGGAGGUGGUGCGCCUGCUGGUGACGCGGCAGGGACUGCAGAAGGCUGUGCAGCGAUCCAUGCUGGCAUAGGGCACGGGGAAGGGGGGAUGCGUGCCUUCAUUUCCCCACUGGAGAGCCACGUGCAGGGGAUGGAAGCUGGCGCUCCAAGACCCAGAGCCACGGGGGGAGGGGGGGGGGCGACUGGUGCUGCUGCAGUCCCACCAUGCAUGCAGUUAGUGUGCACAUCUUGGCCAAAGAAGAGUCGGGGUGACUGGGGGGGAGACGUGGGUGGUCAAUAGGGCAGGGGCUGGAGGCUAGUCUUCAUCCCAGGGUCCUGUCCCUUUUCCCCUUGGGCAGCUGAGACAGCCACAGGUGCUCCCUGCUGUGGCUCCUCUCCAGUGUCCUCAGUGUAAAUGUGGGAUGGGGGCUGGGGCUGGCUCCCCUCCUGCCAGUGCUCAUCUCUAGGAUUGUUUUCGGAGCAAAGCCCAGGAUUUAAGAUGCAGCUGCUCUGGGGUGGGCCACCCCAGGACUCUGGGGCUGUAUCUCCCUGACACCCUGUUGCCACAGGUUCCCACGCCAAAGGCACAGCAGGAUUUUCCUCCAAACUGUGGAGAGGGAAGGCAGCACAUGCUGCCAUCCCACCAGCCUUUGACCCAUAUAAGAGAUUUCAGAAGUCUGCAGGCAGCACCCCCAUCCCUGUCCCCUCUCCUCCCUGGCCCAUGAAGCUGCCGCUGGGGCUACUUGGGCAUCCACCCCGCUCCUGGGCUGACAGGUCCUUUUUGUACUUUGCCUUCAGAUUUUAUAUGUAGCAAUUUAUAUCUAACUUGGAGAGUGCUAACUUGGUAGGAAUCAACCAUCUUUAACACGCCCCCAGGCCUUAUUUUUGUUACUAUCCGCAUCGUUGGCUUCUAAUAAAUGAAGCUGGAAUUCA